AUGUCCCUAUUUUAGUGUUCAGCCCUUUAUUUAGCCAAUGAUGGUUAAUGCAUAGAAGUAGAUCUAACAACUCGAUCUGGGUCUCUCUUAAUAACUCUGAAGAAUGGAAAUGAAUAAUUGGUUUAUUUGCCCUCAAACUCAAUGGAUACAAUUCUCCGCUUUGCUAGAGAGAUUGAUGAAAGUACAAUCAAAUUUUAAAUUAUAGUCCGAUAGAUUGGUACUCUAGAUCUUCAUAAUCCAGAAACUUAAAUUAAGGUCACUUUCCUCCUUAGUUUAAUGGAUAUUGAACAAUUAUCACUUAGAUUAAUAGGAAGAUAAAUUUUCUAAUCCACUUCUCAAUCUGUUGUCUUAGAAAAAUUGGCCCCUGGAGUAAAACUUAUUUAAACUCCUUACAAAAUUUCUGUGGAAAAGAAGGCUACUUUUACCUCAAAGGAUCAAUUGGCAAAGAGCAGAUUGGGAUAAUUGAAAUAAGAGGCAGAUAUUUUACGACUGUUAAAAAAUAACUCUCAUAAAAAUAUAAUUUUGUUAGAAGAAAUAGUUACAGAUUAUAACUCCAUCUCUGUUAUUUUGGAGUAUUGUAAAGGAGGAGACCUAUUAAAACUUCUCAGUUAGAGAAAUAUUUAAAUUGAUAUACCUCUUCUCAUGUUUAAUCUUCUUUCUGCCUUAAAGCAUCUCCAUGAUUUAGAAAUAGUUCAUCGAGAUAUUAAGUUAUAGAACAUCUUAUUCAAAGAUUCUUAACAUAUGGACACUUUGAAAGUAUCUGAUUUCGGUUUUGCUUGUAAAAUAUCUGAUAUUUAAUACAUAAAUCCGAGAUGUGGAACUCCUGGAUACACAGCCCCAGAAGUUUUUAGUUAAUCAUGUAGUUAUGAUGAAAAAGUAGAUAUUUACAGUGCCGGAAUUGUGUUCUACAAUAUUUUAACAUUCAAAAAUCCAUUUGGAAACUUCGAGAAUGUUUCUGAGCUAAUUAAACUUAAUAUUAAUGGAGAAUAUAAUGAGACCUAUCUAGAAAAAACUAAGGCCCAUAAUCCUCUCGCAUAUGAUUUACUAACCUAAAUGCUUUCAAAACAUGCUAACAACAGACCCAGUGCUCGUGAAUGUCUUGAUCAUCCAUAUUUUAAAAGUCAAUAAAAAGUCGACUUUACUAAAGAGAUGAUUCAAAGAAAAAGAAAGCUUAACAAGUAGAAAAGAAUCACUCUAAAAAUGAAAUAGGAAACAGUUGCUACUUAAUGA